AUGGUCAUUGAAAAUUUGGGUACCUUUAGUCCAACCGCGAACAUUUUUGAUUACUUGGAGUCCUCUAAACCAGACCUCACAAUUGAGACGUUGAAGUUUGUUUUCGAAGACAUCAACAGGAAUGAUUUGAAAGAUUUGCUGAAUGGAGUUGACAACAAGUCGUACGUACGCACUGCCUUAGAUAAAGAUAAAGACCUCUUAAAAAAAAUCGCUCUGGGACUUGACAGAUUCAAAGGAGCCACAGCGAACUGGAAAGACUUUGCCAGUCAUGAAUCGAUUGGUAUAGUAGCCAAAGGCGAGUUACACCAGUUUGGAACACCACUGUCAGAGAACCCAACAGCAAAACUUUUCCAGUAUCUGGAAACAAAUAAACCCCAGUUGAAAUUAGGAGAACUGUAUGAUGUACUCAGCUCUGAUGCGGUCAAGAGAGUUAACACCGCUCAUCGUCUUGGGGAUGCAAAAGUCGAAGAGUCGUCUUGGCGUGAUCGAUUGGUGAAAGACGUUAUAGUGCCAGAAUCAGAACUACUCCGUAAGAUAUGCAAUGACCUCAACAGAAAAGUUAUUGGAACGGGCAACUGGAAAAAUGUGGCAGCGGAUCUUGGAAUACAACGCGAAGUUUAUCAUGAAUUUGAAAAACCUAGAGAAAAACAGAGCCCUACUGAAGAAGUCUUAAAGAGGGUUACUGCUGACCAACCUCGCAUCACCAUACUUCAGAUUGUUCAAGCACUGGGGAAAAUUGAGCGCAACGAUGUCGUUCAAGUUAUUGGCGAAUCUCUCAGGUAUCGAGGAUAUUGAUGGAUUCAUAAAAAACCCUGGAGAGACGAGGGAUGAUAAAGGUGUGGAAGAUUCUAUUAAAUCCAUGACAAACCUUAGAGUGAGGAUGCCUGAUGAAGCCGACGCAGUCGCAAAUUUGUCUGGAUCGUCUGGUUCCACUGGACCACCUGCAAGACCGUCUGGGUCAACCGAACCGCCUAUCGCUACAUCCGCUGGUCCUUCUAGUUCGUCUUCUGGAACGUCUUUCUCUUCUCCGCCUCAGGUGUUCUUGUCGUAUAACUGGGAUAUACAGCUUAAAGUAGCACAGCUGAAGGAAAGACUCGAGCAGAGGGGAAUAACUUGCUGGAUGGAUAGACCGAACGUUGGCCUUGGAGACGAAUUGAGAGGAACUAUUGCACAUGGCAUAACAAAUUGCAAGGUACAGAUAACAUUUUCUAAAGUCUCAGGGCCAAACUAUCGGGAGAGAAGUGUAAAAGAAUAAAAACCAACAGACUCGUAAGUUCAACUACUACGCGGAGCACGAGACAUUCCGGAAAAUGUGACCUACUGUUAAAAAUACAUAUCUGACCGCCACCCAGUUAAC